ACUACAAUGGAAAUGGACAUUCCAAAAGUACUUCCUAUUUUAUACACUACUCCGUUUUUGCUUCCUGGCUAUCUUUUGAAAAUUCAGUUACCGGUUAAAGAUAAUCAUAAUCUCUUAAUAUAUUUACUGGACAAAGACGAAAACAACCAAUUAUCUAACUUUAUUGGUGUUAUACCCAAAAUUGAUUUACACAAGGAAAGCAAUGUAAUUGGAGCGGUAGGAUUAGUUCAAAGCAUAAUUCAGUUAGACAAUGCUCCAGAAGUAUUUUUCUUAGUUGUUCAAGGCAUCAUUCGUUUCAAAUUGGGUCCAACAAUUUUAUAG